UGAGAAGCGGCCAGGCAGCACAUCGACUGGCGUGUUUGGCUAACGCAAGCCUCGAUAAAGCUCGACAGUAGUUGGCACGCGAGUAAGGUGUUGUUUGAACGGGCACGUGUUCGAAGCACACUCGGAUAAGUGCAGUGCAGCGGUAAUCUCUCCUGUUGCUAAGUGACGUACCACCCCGUAUGACUACUACUGUACAGAUGGUUCAUUCGCGUUUGCCAUUAACGUGCUGGUAUCGGGUGACGAUAAAAAACAAUGUUGAUGGAGAUGGCAACAGUAUUGCGAAGUUACCGUUUCUUAUCUUGCCGCCACCGGGCACCAGAUGUGUUGGAGUAUGGUUCUAUCGGACGAUAUGCUAACGAUGAAACAUCCCAACGCGCAUGCGCUAAUCCGUCACAUAACUCCUGAUCAACCGCAUGCUCACAGCCGGCACCGCGCAGUCAGAACGCGGUGCGCGAGAAUCUUGUAUGUUGUUGUUAUCAAUUUCAUCCCGUCUGCGUGGACUAUCUAUCCUGCAAGCAUACUCUAAUAGCUGACAGACCUUUGAGCGGAGAGAACCGCGAGUGCCAUCGUCAGUGAUAGUCAAGAAGCUGAAGUGGAACCAGCUACACCAGAAGACUGCAACGAUGCCGUGGGAACGACCUGCUUCCGUGCCAUAUCCGAAUGUUUGGUGGACCUUCGAAGCACCGGAUCCGGAUCGUGAGGAUGGUGCGUUGGCCACGUAUCGGGUGGAAGAUGUGACCGAGGAUCGUUUCGAGGAUGUGAUGCAGCUGUACACCGAACACUUUCUGGAUGAUGAGCCCCUCUGUGCACAAAGUGGAAUCCGACAGGAUGCCGAGGCAUACGAGGAAACUAGGACGUUCUGGAUGCAUGCCUUUAGCGGGAAACUAACGAUCGUGUGCUACAAGGAGGGAUCGAAAGAGCUAGUCGGCGGUAACAUACUAGCGAUGUCGGUGGCCGGCGAUAAGGUGGACUAUAUGAAGCUCGUAAAAAAUAAGAAGCUGCAGAAACUCAUCGGAAUCAACGAAUACAUGAGCGAAGUGGUGGAUUUGUACGAGCGCUACGGUGUCGACAAGUAUCUGACCGCGUACGGUCUGACCGUUAGCAAGCGGUUCCGUGGUUUAGGGAUAGCCACGGAAAUGCUCAAAGCCCGCGUUCCCAUCUGCCGUGCCUUCGGAGUGAAGUUAUCGAGCACCAACUUCACAGCCAUUGGAUCGCAGAUUCCGGCGGCAAAGGUUGGCUUCAAGACAGAUCUCGAAAUGCCCUGUAAUGAAUUCGUCAAAGUCAACCCCACAUACACGCUGGACGGUAUCAAGAGCAAAAGUCUGAAGUUGAUGAGUUUGGUCAUCGAUGAACAACCAUAGUAACACGAAAGAAGUCUUUUUAUUGCCAUUUAGAAUCGUAGAAAACUUGCUUAGCAAAAAAAGUGAAUAUAUCCAGUGAAUAAAUGGCAAAGCGUCCGAGAUUA